AAAAAAAAAAAAAAACCACACUGUUUAACUGUUUUAAGUAAAGAAGAAGAAAGACCAUUAAGGCAAUUACUACUAACCAUACUUUAUUGGGAGUAUGAAGAAGACGUUUUUUUUGAAGCAGCAAAAGUUCGUCUAGGUUCUCUUCAUGUACUGCAAAAAAUCAUCCGGCCCCACCCUCUCCGUCCCUUUCCUUUUCUCUUCUUCCCCUUUUCUUCAAAUCCCAAAACUCCCUCACUAGAUUUUUCAUCUUUACCAAACCAAAUGUUAUACAAUACAAUACAAUUUCCUCUCUCUAAAUUUACACACAGUCACACAGCGAAACAGAGGACACCCUCUUCCCUCCUCCUCUCUUCCUGUCUGGUCUGUUUUUUUGUUAUAUUACACAACUCUCAUUUGAGGAAACUUCGGUUUUCGGAACUCGAGCUUUUUUAAUUGAGAAGAAACACACAAAAAGAAAAAUAAAGGACGGUUAGGAUUAAAAAAAAAUGAUUCUUUUUCAGCUUAUUUUUAAGUGGGUUGUGCUUGAAGAAGGAGGGAGUUGCAAGUUGUGAACUUGGUUUUCGACGACCCUUUGGAAUGCUUGGAAUGAAAGGGGUGGCGGUUUUGAAGUCCCUGUAACGGAUUAAAAAAAAAAAACUUUGAAAGAUUGCCCCUUUUUCUUAUUUUUUCAGGGAUCAUUUGUGUGGGGAAGUGGUUUUGGUUUACAGGGUUUUGGCUGUUUUGGUGGUUUGGCGGUUUUGGGUGAAGGUUUGGUGGUGAUGAUAUCAAUGCCGGCUGAAAAGGAUCGAUUUUUGGCGGUUUUGGGCAAAAAUGAUGAAAUGGAGGGCGGUAUGGAGCUUCAUGUCUGAAAAAAAUUGGGGAUUGAGACUUACAUGUGUUUGCAUGUGAUUAGGAGAUAAGAUCUGAGAGCUGGUGCCGGUUUGUUUUCUUGGUGUUAUUGUAAGAAAACAUGUGGGAUGUUGAGAUAAAUGGUAAAAAUUCUAACAUUGUCCUGCAUUUCUGUUUUGGGGUUUUUUCAUUGAGGUCAAUUUUCUUGGGCCUGUUUUGUUUGGUGUUCUCGAUUUGUUCCUUACUGGUUUUGGUUUCCCAUUACUUAAAUUCAAAUAGAGCCUGCAUUUCUGAAUUUGGGAUUCCUUGAAUAGAUGUUUAUGUUGGCGGUGAGCCUUUGUGUAUUUUUAAUUGUUCAUCACUUUUUCCCUUUUCUUUGGGCAAUCAGAAAUUGAUUUUGGUGAUUAUGUUCAUUUGGGUUCAUGCUGGUAAUCAGCAGUUACACAAGUUCAAGGCUUUGGCUUCAGCAUUGCGCCUUACCUGUGAAAGAUGUCUGUAUGGGACAUUUUAAUUUCUUGCAAUUCCUUGCUGCUGGGAAUCUUUUGCCCCCUUUUUUUUGGGUGCAAAAUUAUUUCCUUGCUCUGUUGCAGACGGCCAUUUUGAUUGUUUGCUUAUGGUUUCUUGUUUUUGAGGCCACAUUCCUGUCUUUUGUUAUGUUAUUCUGUAUUUCUGUCGUUUGGUGAUACUACUGAUGGUGUCCCAUUGCCUGGUAAAUUUAGGCCCAGAGCUAUGAUGGUCGUUAUUUAAAUGAAGAAAUGUAGUGAAAGCAAAUGGUACUUUACUUGUUUGAUUUGUUUGGUUCAGCUCUUCUUUCUGCUAUCAUGUAAUCAUGUUGCAAUUUAAUCUAAUAGCAAUAUUGUGAUGCAUGAACUUGCUUUCUUCAUUCUUCCUUCUGUGUUCUUUUAAUUCUUUGCUGGCCUUGUGUAAUACAUUUGCAAAAAAUAUAUGGCAAGUGGAUUGUAUGUUUCCUUCUCUAGAUAUUAUAUUUAAUAUUUUGAUUUAUUUCUUCUACUUGAGUGGGUUCUAAAGGCUGUUCAUUUUCAAAUUGACUAAUUUAUUCUUUUAUCCCCCAUUCAGCCUCAGCAGUUUGGGAAAGGAGUGAAAUGACAUUAUAGAUAAGUGGAGGAAUGGUUCCAUUGGAUGAAAUGUGGAGGAGAUUAAUAGCUGUGCUCUUGGUUCAAACAUUCCUAAUUUCAAUCGCAGGUGCUGACAAUGAGUUGCCCCGCUGUAAUUGUGAUGAUUUUGGAUUUUGGAGUAUUGAGAACAUUAUGGAAUUUCAGAAAGUCAGUGAUUUCCUAAUUGCAGUGGCCUACUUUUCGAUUCCAAUUGAGCUCCUCUAUUUUGUUAGCUGCUCCAACAUCCCAUUUAAAAUGGUGCUACUGCAAUUCACUCUUUUCAUUGUUUUGUGCGGAAUGACUCAUUUUCUGAAUGGAUGGACCUAUGGUCCUCACACCUUUACGAUCAUGGUUGCACUCACUAUUUUCAAGGGCCUCACAGCUCUGGUCUCAGUUGCCACUGCAAUAACUCUGGUCUCGCUCAUUCCAUUACUGCUGAAAUCUAAAGUCAGAGAAUUUAUGUUGAGGAAAAAAGCGUGGGACCUUGAUCGAGAAGUUGGAAUGAUAAAGAAGCAAAAAGAAGCUGGCUUGCAUGUUCGCAUGCUCACCCAGGAGAUUCGCAAAUCUCUUGACCGUCAUACUAUAUUGGAGACAACUUUGGUUGAGCUAUCUAAAACAUUAGAUUUGCAGAAUUGCGCUAUUUGGAUGCCUAAUGAGAACAAAACAGAAGUGAAUCUGAUUCAUGAAUCCAAGGCGAGGAACUCUUCAGGUUUCCAUGAUUCAGCCAUCCCAACCAGUAAUCCAGAUGUAAGAGAGAUCAAAGGGAAUGAUGGAGUGAAAGUUCUUGAGCCUGACUCUGCUCUUGCAGUAGCAAGCAGUGCGGGAGAUGGUGAUCCUGGACCUGUAGCUGCAAUUCGAAUGCCGAUGCUGAGAGUUGCCAAUUUCAAGGGUGGAACUCCUGAAAUGGUUCCUGCAUGUUAUGCGAUUCUGGUUUUGGUUCUUCCUGGUGGACAAGGCAGGUCUUGGGGGAAUCAGGAACUUGAGAUAGUACAAGUGGUUGCAGAUCAGGUUGCAGUGGCGCUCUCCCAUGCUGCAGUGCUGGAAGAGUCGCAGCACAUGAGAGAUAUGUUGGUGGAGCAGAACCGAGCCUUGCAGCGAGCAAAGCAGGAUGCUUUGCUGGCAAGUCAAACUAGAAAUGCAUUUCAGAUGGUAAUGAGCAAUGGGUUGAGAAGACCGAUGCAUUCAAUUUUAGGACUACUUUCAAUGAUACAAGAUGCGAAUAUGAGCUCUGAACAACAACUUAUUGUUGAUACUAUGGUUAAGACUAGCAAUGUACUUUCAACCUUGAUAACUGAUGUGAUCGACACUUCAACAAAGGACAGUGGAAGGUUCCCACUUGAGGUGACGCCUUUCUCACUUCAUUUAAUGAUAAAAGAAGCUGCUUGUCUAGCCAAGUGCCUUUCCGUUUACAGGGGCCAUGAUUUUGUCAUUGAAGUUGAUAAAUGCUUGCCUAAUUAUGUCAUGGGGGAUGAGAGACGGGUUUUCCAGGUUAUCUUACACAUGGUAGGGAAUCUAUUAAAUGGAAGCAAUGGAGGGUGUCUUUUCUUUCGAGUUCUCUCAGCAAAUAUGAGUCAGGGAAGGAGUGAUCCUGGUUGGGGGCCAUGGAGAUCAAGCUCGUCUGAUGGGUACACAUACGUAAAGUUCAAUGUUGGAAUUUGCAAAGAUGGAUCUCGCUUGGAGAAUGCAUCUUCCUCUUUACCGCUUGGGCGUCAGAGGUACAGCAGUGGUGUGGGCGAGGAAGGGUUGAGUUUCAGCAUAUGCAGAAAGCUUGUUCAGUUAAUGCAAGGAGAUAUUUGGAUAGUCCCAAAUUCCGAAGAUUUUGACCAAAGCAUGGCUCUUAUUCUUCGAUUUCAGAAACGGCAAUCAGUUGUGAUUAGCAUAUCUGAACAAGGGAGGCCUUCAGAGCAUAGAUACUCAAACUCUCUCUUCAGAGGACUCAAAGUACUUUUGGCUGAUGACGAUGAUGUGAAUCGGGCAGUUACUCGAAAGCUCCUUGAGAAACUGGGAUGCAGCGUUUUGGCUGUGUCAUCGGGAUAUGAAUGUCUUAGUGCUCUUGGGCCUGUUGCGUCUGCAAUUCAGAUUGUUCUUUUGGAUCUGCACAUGCCUGACUUGGAUGGAUUUGAAGUGACUAUGAGAAUUCGAAAGUUCCGAAGUCGCAAUUGGCCUUUGAUUGUUGGCUUGACAGCAAGCGACGAUGAAGACAUUUGGGAUAGAUGCUUUCAGGUUGGGAUGAAUGGAGUAAUUCGAAAACCGGUUCUCUUGCAAGGAAUGGCAGAUGAGCUUCAGAGAGUUUUUGCUCAGGCUAAUAGAGUUAACCCUUUUGCUGUCGGAAUGGAAUAGACAAACUUUCUUUGGAAGAUGCAUUCUCUUCCAUCACAAGGGUCCAUCAUACAAACAGAUCAUAUACACAGCAUGCAGAAUCUCUUUGGUACAGAGAAUUCAUCUUCGUUAUUCUUUUAAAAUUGAGUUACUUGUCAUACAGGUAUAUCAACUGCGUAACUAACAAUGUUGACAUAUAAUUUAACUUGUCACCGACACGGAAGACCGUGAGGUGGAAUCAUAACAGGAGAGGCUAGGAGAGAAAAUGUAUUUCGUGGAUACUGGAUAUAGAGCUUAAUUUUUCUAUUGAUGGGGAGAUUUUCUCGCAAACAUCUAGAAGAGAGAGUAUUGAAUUUGUAGAGAAACUGAUAGAUUUGUAGAAGUCUUAGUCUAGGUCAGUAAUCUUCCUAUACUUUGAACAUUUACAAAUAGAAGGCAAUUUUGUGGUGCUUUGUUUAGAAGUGUAUAUUGUUAAAAGUGUUGCAAAGUCGUCCAAAUAUCUUUCUGGUUGCUGCUAUCAUAGCAUUUCACUAGCUAGCUCCACAAAGGAUAACUGUUUUCUGAUUCUUCCAGCUUUGCGCUUACGUUAUGGACCCAAAAUAUAUGCAACAUCUACCAAAAUCAUAUUUAACUCUUGUCAGUUUAUUUAUAUGACUCCAAUACGAUUCUUCUGAUAUCUGCAGUACUCUAAUACAGGCAAAGUGAUGAAGAUACUUCUCCUGUUCAGGAGUUGAGCUUCUUGUUCAUCUAGUGAUCACCUAGAAAUACAAUCGUAGUUUUGAUCUCGUUACAUAGGGUUGGCUAUAUAGAUCAUAUGUCUAUCAUAAAUAUCGGAUAUUAUUCCCCAAUGCGAAAGCUGUUGACUAAUAAGCUGCACAUGCCAAGAAUGUGAUGACCAUCUGUGGCAGUUCUAUGGUUCUUUUUGUGUGUUAUUAGGAAGCCAUUGAAAGUGGCAACGUUAUGGGGUCGAAACGUCUUUCU